UAUUCUAAGAAUUAACGGUUGUGUGUAUCUUUCACAAUCACGGUGUGAAUAUGUUUCAGCUUUUUUUCUUUUUCUCUUUAAGGAGCGAGUUAAAGAAGUCAUUAGAAUUUGCCAUUGGUCGCACCACCUCUUCUACACCAAGGGUGUGGUCAGUCUUUUGGUCCUGUCAUCAGCGGUUCUUUAAACAGCUCUGGUGAGUAUUUAAUCCCGUCUCUGGUCUUUUAGGGGCAGAUAUUACAACAGAGUUUAGGCGUUAUUUAACAAAACACCUUUCUAACGCUCAUGUCUUAGCAUCGUUUGCUGUUCAUAUCAACAAGAAGGCGACAGCCCGAAUUAGAAUACCAUUUAUCUACUUAAAAUAAAUACCCUAAAAACGAAUAAGGAGGCACUCUGAUUGUUAGACCUCGUUGAAAUAGUCGACCUUCAGUUUCUCCUUAACAUUAUUGCCCUCUUAUUUCCAGUAAUGUUGUCCUGGAUUCUAGUUCAUCGGCCUAUUUAAAGUUGUACGUAAGACUGAGUCGGUAUCGUCUCCAAUUACACUGUGGUACUGUUUGCAGACGCUAUCGCCUAUUUAUUGGAUAUUACGUGGUUGCAAGGGAAACUGGGUCAAACUGCGCUCCCCCAAAGCAGUCCCAUAGUGCAGUUCGACACAACACCGACCCAGAUUUCUGCCCAACCUCAAAACUCUGUGUCCAAGCGAGGUUAAGAAACCUAACAAAAAGAAAACGAAUUUCAUUUGUAUGAGAAUAAAGAAAAUCGUUUUCAUAUCAAUGGCUUUGCACUUAGCCUCGCUUUAAAACAGAGGCUUAGCAACUCGGUAAUGGCUACAUUCGUGGGCCGCUUUAGAGCUCUUGGAAUAGCUUACGGGAUUGAGUGAGAAAUUAAUGAACAGGCGAUGGAAACAAACCCUAACCCUGAAAUAGUAGAGCGAAUGAAAUUAUAGUUUUUGAGGGGCUUUGUGACAGUGGCAAUGUAAGGUAAUCCAAGACAGUCUUUGAUUCUGGAUUGCACGCUGUGGAUUCCGUACUCGUUAUCACUGGAACUUGGAUUUGGGAUCUCCAAUCGUUAGCGGGAUUACGGACUCCAAAGUCCAGGACUCCGGUUAUCACCCGGAAAUAUUUCCUGGAUUCUGAAAUCCGGAUUACCUGAUCCUGGACGGAUGAUUAUACGUCUCUGGGAAACUGCCCACCUACUCCUCCCUCAAGCUAACAUUUUGCCCUGAGUGAGAAGUAAGUGUUGAUGUUGGCUUAGGGGAGGGGUAUGUGGGCAGUUUCCCAGAAACGUAUAAUAAUCACAUGGGGCAAUUUUGCCACUAUCAUGUUCCAUUUUAAGCGCCAGCAGGCAUUUUUAUUUUGUAACCUUGCUUAUAUUGGGUCUGAUAACAGAUAAGAUGUAUAUGAAUAUUUUACAGCAUGAGUAUGAAAGUUCCUACCAUAGUGGAAGAAGCCCAGCAAGCAUUGCAGGCAGGAUAUUGUGUGGUCAUUGGUCUCCAGUCCACUGGAGAGGUUUGUUUUCUCUUUCUCUCCAGUUUUUUUUCGUACGGGUUACAAUUUCUGAUACCAUAAAAAUUCCUUAAUUCAACGGUAGCCAGUUUUAAUUUUAAAGCGUAAUGUUUGAGACACUGAGAUCUUCUUGCAAGGUUAGUAGAAAGUACGUACCAAAUAAUUGUUCGCCCCACACAUUGUAGGUUCCAUAGGUAGAUGCACUUGAUGCAAAGUUAUCGCUGCAAGUAUUUUAUCUUUCUUCAAAGGACUUAUGUACGAUCAAGUCAGUUGGACAAAACAAAAAAAUUGGUUGAAAUCAUUGGAGGACGCACUGUGUCUAACUCUGUACAAAACAAUUCGUUGAACGUAUCAUAACUUCCACCUGUUCAUAGCCUGUGUACAGCCGCACCCUCCCCACAGAAAAAAUCGGAGAAGGGGCCCCUGUACACGGGCCACAUUUUCACUGCAAUAAUGUUCGUUUGUUGGCGCAACAAUCCACCUGUGUUUAGGCGGAUUUUGCUCAUCUGGACUGUGAUAGUCCAUAGCCAUUCUAUUAAUUUUUGUCCAGAAAAUAUGAUAGACCACAGUUCAUUAGACUGCAUAGUACAUGGGCUAGUUUUGUCAAUUUUCAUCAGGCAUUGCCCCAUGACCGACUUGUAUUUGCAACUCUAGCUAUGUAUCUUGAGGCACAAAGUAGAUGAUUAAGUAAAUAGGGAGCUUAAACAACGACUGCAACGGCAACGAGAACGGCAAGAAGCAAUAGGUUUAGAUUAGCAAAACAAUAACUUUGUACAUCCAUCUCGCUUUUUUGUGAAUUGCACGUUUUCUGGAGGACGUGAACACAACAAAACCAUUUUUAUUACUGACUAUAAAGAAUGUCCUUUAGAAUCCAACUCCAGAAAAAUUCAGCAACAUUUGCCUUCAACGACAUGGAAUAACAACGAUGAAUUUUGAAACGGCGUAAACUGAAUUCACUUUUCGCACCACCGUUGUCGUUGCUGAUGCUCCCUAAUGAUCAUGAGUUAGUGGGUGCUUGAAUUUAGGGUUUGGCGUUUACGACACUGGUGUGUCGCUAAGGGUGUCGUCAUCAUUUCAUUUGUCAGGCAAGUUUGGAAAGUGAAAUAUCACGUUGUGGUGGAGUACUGAAUGGCUUUGUCUCAAGUACAGAAGAAAUCAUUAGCAGGUUUAUCACGCAGUAUUUUCCAACUCAGAUAAUUAAAUCGGUGAGUAAUUCCGAAGAACCCUGCUUAGCUGUUGGGAUCUAGCUCACGCGAGUGCUCAAUUACACGAGCGCUUUGGUUUUGGCUUUGAAGAUGAGAGAAGAUUUUUUGUUUCCCCUAGCGACUUCAGCGUCGCCCAACAAUGUUCAUGCGCUUUGAUCCCACCAGCUACGCAGGCUAAUCUCAAGGAUGAUACAUCACACAACCAAUGGAUAAUUUUUCAACAUUAAUACACUUUCUGCGUAAAAGAUUUGAUUGUGCUUCUCCUGUUGUAAUUCAUAAGCCACUGAAGUCCAGUCUAAUAGUCUUGUUUUCGUUUUGAACUAUGUUAAGUAAAUAAAAAAGAAAAAAAUUCAAGGCUUUUGUGUAUUUUGUGUAGAACGGCGAUGUUGUUGAAGAUCAGUGGAGUGUUCAGGCUAAAAAUCUUCUUCAAGGUUUUGUCAAGAAAAUUAAUCUCCCAGUCAGGUUUGUAUAAAUGUUAAGUUCUUUAACCCCCUUUAAAGGGGCCAUGGCAUGAGCAAAUUGCUGUUUUCGGUCAAUUCAUUACUUCUUGCCCUUACCUAUUGAGUAUAUACAAACAAAUUUUUAAUCAUAGAGCACUAACCACUAAUUUUUUGGGUGACUGUUACAGGCAUAGCAUUAAAACUUGAACAAUAUGGUACAACGUUUUCAAGUUUAAAUCCAUGCCCAUUCUUGCCAUCCGUUGCAACAGACGACAGAAACCAGUUUUCAGUGCUUAAAAUAUUCUAAAAUAACAAAUUUGCCGCCUUAUUUUUGGGAUUAAUCCUGGGUGGGGAUGCAAAGGAUCCUGUUAUGGACUACCAUACACUGUCUCACUCCACCCAGGUGUAUAAAUUUGGGUACCAAAAGAUUUAAUCCUGGAUGGAGGUGGGGGCAUCCUGUUAUGGACUACCAUACACUGUCUCACUCCACCCAGGUGUAUUAAUUUGGGUACCAAAAGAUUUAAUCCUGGAUGGAGGUGGGGGGAUCCUGUUAUGGACUACCAUACACUGUCUCACUUCACCCAGGUGUAUAAAGUUGGGUACCAAAAGAUUUAAUCCUGGGUGUAGGUGGUAGGGAUCCUGUUAUGGACUACCAUACACUGUCUCACUUCACCCAGGUGUAUAAAGUUGGGUACCAAAAGAUUUAAUCCUGGGUGGAGGUGGCAGGGAUCCUGUUAUUGACUACUAUCCCGUCCAAGGAAGACCAAAAAUAUUCCUAGUCGCUUCAUGCUAUGGAGAUCGGAAUGUGCUACGGCCAAAUGGGCUACCUGGCUCGAACGCAGACUUUACCUUCGUACCUUUUUGACUUAUUUUUGUCUCUAGUCCUCUUGAUGACCUUAUAAACCAGCUCGGAGGACCAGGAAAAGUAGCGGAAAUGACAGGCAGGCGUGGUCGCGUGGUAAAAACUGACAAGCAGCCUCAACCUCAUUACGAGGCUCGAGAAUCAGACAGCAGCAAUGUGGAUAGUUUGAAUAUUCAAGAGGUGAGCAAAGUGAUCAGAACUAAAUCUUGCGCCGUGUUCCGAAUAAAAUGGUAGAAAAUGCGAUUUACAGUCGGUAAUUACAGUGAUCAGCAUAGACGUCAUCCUCGGCCAAGACCCUGGAGCAGGCAGCCAGGUCGAAAACUUUCGUCGCACGACUCGUCGCACGACUCGUCGCACCGUUUCUGCCGACCUGAAUGACUGCCCCUGGGUCUCCGAGGAUGAACUCUGCCUUUGUCCCUUACAUUUAAAAACAGGACCGUCGUUUCAGCGCGAGAAAGACAGCCUAGUGCUUGCCUUUGUUAGUUGUUCCUGGGAUUACAAGUUUUCAAGUGUAGUCCAACCUUAAAGUCUUACUCUAAAUCUGAACUCUUAUGCCUUAAAUUCAGGUAGCAAUCCGGUUUCGGAUCUUCGUUUCAUUCCCCAGUAUUUUUCGCUUUCGCUAUGACAACUAAGUCGGCAUAAAGCAAUUGCUUGAAGCUCAAGAACUGCCUCUUUAAAUACCACAGUUUUUAGAGAGUUGUUUGAGUAUAUCUGAACAUUUAACGUUGUUUUUUCGAUUGCAUUGUAUCACAGAGGAACAGUUUUAUGAAUGGAACAAAACUUGUUGCCAUCAUAUCUGAUGCCGCCAGCACUGGUAGGUUCCCUUUGCAUCUUGAUUCGUUUGAAGUUACCUGGAUUAAACCUUGCACUUUUUAAAUUCUUUUAAUACUUGAAAUUUGAGGGCAACCUUGAAGUUAUUUUCACACAAAGAAUCGCUGGCUCAGUGUCUGUUAGCGUUCAAUUGAGUUGCCAUUACUUGGAAUUCCGUGUAGAGACUCGAAAUUUAGAGUGAUGUUUCUUGACUUAAAGUUCUACUCAAGCAGGAAUAAAAGGUUUUCCUCGGGUAAAAGGAACCGCAAUAAAUAACGUGUAUAAGUGACAAGACAAGACGAUAAUUUACUUGGGGUCGUAUACCACCUGGUACAUCGACUGUUUUCCAAAUGAUUUAAUAUUACAAUAUUCUGUGUGAUAUCAUUUGUAAGACUCAUUGAAUUACACAGGUAUCUCGUUACACGCGGAUCUCCGAGCAGCCAAUCAGUGCCGCCGUGUUCAUGUGACCAUUGAGCUGCCUUGGAGUGCUGACAAAGCUGUUCAGCAACUGGGAAGAUCACACCGGUCAAACCAGACAAGGUACAUGCACUGCCCAAACACAAACGUUCCUAUCCCUUUGAUAUAAGCUAUUACCUAAAGAAGAAGGAAAUGGUUGCGCGCUGCACGUUUACCAUUUUUCAAUUGUACCUCCGCUUGAUUAGCCUUGUUGGAAAGGUAGCGUUCUGCCAAGCAGGUUUAAACCCGCCGUUUAAACCCAACACCAACCAGGGUCUUCAAAAAACUGAUCAUAUCAUGCUGCCUGUUAUCUAAGAUCUUGUCUCAGUCCAGAUGAUCUGAUAGUCACGUCAGUGGGCGGUGAUGUUAAUCCAUUGGCCUUGUCUUAUUCAUCCUUUCUUAACAAUUCGAAGGGGAUGUAAAAAGAACCCACACUGCUGUUGGAGAAGAGAGUGAGAGGUAGACCUCUGUGGUGUGGUUUAUCUCUCACGUGGAAGGGAACUGUCACGGGGCACAAUACUUGGCUUCACGCUUUUGCGGUUACCCUGCCAAGAAUUGGACAGUCUAGUAAAACAAAAAAUAAAAUUCCUUGUGAUUAAAAAUCUGAAGGCUUUCCUGGAAUAUCACUGCUUCCAUAAUAUCCUGUGUACAGCCGCCUUCUCCCCUUGGGAAAAAUCGGGAAAAGGGAGGGGGCGGCUUUACACAGGCUACUCCCAUGAUCACUUUUCUUUCGCCAAAAUCCCCUUUGUACCAUGGGAUUCAGAGGAGGGAGAUAUCACGUGAUAAUGUUCACCGUCUAAUUGGCGCGCUCGGGGGCUCCGCUUUUCUCCAGAGUUUUACUGGCUCUAAUGUUUUCUUUGUUUUGUUUUGUUUUUUUUAGUGGACCUAUCUAUAAACUUGUAACAACAAACUUGGGCGGUGAAAGAAGAUUUGCUGCGGCUGUGGCUCGACGGCUUCAGUCGUUAGGUAAUUUUAAAUGUUUGUCAAACUCGGAAAAUCGUGAACAUCUGACGUAUUUGUGAAUUAUUCUCACUCAGUUGCAAGGAAAAAGCUAAUCAGACAUAAAAACAAAGAAGCUGCAAGUAUCAGCGGUAAUUAGUUUGAGAAAGAUGAUUUUUAAGUCUGACACAGGCGGCUCGAAAUGAAAAAAUCCGAGUACACCCAUCCAACAAGAGUUAAAACUUUGAUCAUCUGUUUACUAGCCCGGCCAGAUGCUCUACCAUUAAGCUACAGGGGUCACGUGGGAGCUAAGGUCACUAAACUAGGUCCAUGUGGCAAACAUCCUGCAUACUUCUAGGACUAAAAUGUCGAUAUGUACUGAUGCAAUAUGAUAAGAGAUGUGAUGGCAGGGUGCAAAGAAAAUCAUUUUUAUAGCUUGCCAUUCGGGCAAGCUGAAGCUAACAUUUACUAGCCCAGACAUCAUUUUAACUAGCCCUAAAAGCUUUUUGACCAGCAGAAUUGAUUUCACAGUUCUUCCUUUAUCCGAAUUGCUCAAAAAACAUCACUUGCUUAUCGGGCAAGUUAAAAAGAGAAUUCACCAGCCUGAUAACAAAAUCCACUUGCCCCGAGCUAUCGGACACUACUUUCUUUGCACUCUUGAUGGUGAAUUUUGAGCCUGGUGAAUACAUGAGAAAUAUGAUUUUUCAGUCAGUGACACAGGCGGCUUGGAAGAAAAACAUCCAAUUACUCCCAGUAGGCGGUCAAACUUAUGACAUUCUGGUUACUAGUCCAGAUGCUCUACCACUGAGCCACUGGAGAAGUUUUGGAGCUAAGUUCAUGUGCAAACAUCCUGUAUGUAAUACUGCUAGAUUGUCUAGAACUAGUCCUAGUAGAAUACAGUCAAAGCUGUCCAUGCGACCACUCUCGUGGUCUAGUUACGACCACCUUUGUGAAACCCCGUUUGGACAGUGACUUAAACAAUUUAGUGAAAAAGCUCUUGUAAGCGACCACUCCAGUAAGCGGCCGUGAACGCUUUUGGGAUUACCCAAAUGGACGGGGUGGUCGCUUACGAGAGCUUCGACUGUAUCUAGAACGUUCUUAUCCUAGCAGUACGCUGGAUGUUUGUCACGUGAACCUAGUUUAGUGGCCUUAAUCAUUUUGUAGCUCAGUGGUAGAGCAACCGGACUGGUAGCCAGAAAGUCAUAGGUUUUCUUUUGUUUUCCCAACUAAAAGCAUCAAUCCAUUCAACUAAACAGCCAUGACAGAGCCCCUUUAAGUUUUUGUUU